AUGGCCGAUCUUCAGGCCGAAAUCGAAUUAACGGUUGAGUUAAGAAAAUUUGUUAACAUCGAUUUAUUUGUACAAGGAUAUUAUCAAAUUCGUACAGGAGUUAAAUUUGCACCACGAAUUCAAUCGGCAACUAAAAUUGAAGUUAAAUCUGAACUUUCUCCUGUGAUUGACGAUUCAAAUGAUUCAAUUUAUCCUGCUUGUGCAUUUAAUGAUUGGGGUGUAAGCAAAACCUUUUUAAUUGUAUUUAAAAAUGAAGAAGUACAAUUGGAUGAUCAAUUUAAUUUUAAACUUUCAGUUAUCAUUGACGCUCAAAAUAUUAUUGAAUGUUUUAAUCGAUUGGAUAUGCAACUUUUUGUUGAACUGUAUUUUUUAGAACGAGACUAUUCACCGGAAAAAAUGCCGAACAUGCAACAAUUAUGUAGUCGUUGUUAUAAACUUCAUUUUGAUCCUCGAGUUGGCAUUCAUACUCAUGUACCAAUAUUUUUUGAUUAUUUUCAUUUAUCAGCAUUGACAACUACUAUUCAUAGUUCACUACUUUGUCUUAUUCCACCCUAUGUUUUUGAUCGACCAAAUGUACGUCGAACUUCACUAUUUAGCUUUCUUUUUGGUCAAGAUCUUUCACAAAUUACAACCGAUCAAAUAAAUCCUACUCUCUUACAACGAGCACACAAUCUUCAUAAUAGUAUUUGUGAAAUACUUCUAUCAUCUUAUGAAUCUUUACAAGAUUUUUAUGAAAUAAUGCUUGAACAUCUUCCUAAUAAUGAAGAAAAACCAGUACAUGUUCAUCAAAAAUGUCAGCAAAAAUUACGAAAUCUUUCUGAAAAACUAGAAAACACCGAUGAUAUUCAUACAAUUGAUAAUCUUGCUCAUGCACAUAUAGCACAAUGUUCAGCAGAAAAUAUCAUGCUUUGGUGCCAAUUUAUCCAAGUAUUUGGUUUACAUGAAAUAUCAGCAAUUGUUCUAGCAAAAGAUUAUCAUUUCAAACGCGUAAGACGAUUGUCUGAAGGCUUUUUUCAACGUGAAAUAUCACGAGUUAAUUUAUUAACAAAUGAAUGUGAUUCAUAUAAUGAAUUACAUGAACUUGUUCGAAAUUCAGCUUAUUAUUCACGUUUACCACAUUUAACAAUUGAAUGUGUAGAAUUAGAUGGAACACCUGAUACUUUACCAAUACUUAUUGAAGAAAUUUAUUCAGCUGUCGAACAAAAAUCAACACCAAUAUUAUCAUCUUCAGUUAAAACUAAAAGCAAUAGCGGAUAUAAUGAUAAUCCAAUUGUACAAGCCGUUCAGAAUUUUAGUAAAUUUCGUCCAAAUUUUGGUCUUUGUCUUGGCGGAAGUAUGGAUGAAACAGUGUUAAGUUCACUUUCAAAACCACCGGCCACGCCACCAUUAAAAUCUCAAAAACAGCAACAACAACAACAUCAAUCUCAAUCAUAUAAACCAUCUAUAAAUGAUCCAAAUUCACUUUCAACACCAAAACUUCGUCAAUCUGGUAAAAAUUUACUUUCAUUUCGUACUCAAACACCAACAAAUAUCAAUCCAAUAAUUGCAUUUUCAAAUGAUCCAUCUAUUCAAUUGACAUCUUUUCGUAAAGUUGAUGAAGAUAAUACAUCAACAAUAUCUUCAAUAACAACGACAACAACAACACUUGAUAAUAAUCCAAAUUCAUCAUCGAAUUUAUUUCCUUAUCAAUCUGAUUCUGAUAUAACAAAUACUUCGCAUUCAUUACGUUUACAUAAACAUGCCAGUCGUUAUUCAUUACCUGAUGUACCAUUACAACGAAGUCAUAGUACAUCAACAACAUCAAAAAUUGAUGAAUCAAUAGUUCCUCAAUUUUUAUGUACAACACCUGAUAAAAAUGACGAUGUUUUUAAGACAAAUGAACAAGAAAAAGUUGUUGCUGCAUCAACAUUUGGUGAUUCAAGUAUGAAAUCAAAAGUUUUACAAGUAUCAUUUCGUGGUAAAGCUAGUACAAUGGAUAGACGAACAGCAGCAACAACAACAUCUGUAACACCAUUUCGUUCAAAAUCAACUUCAACAGCAACAUCUACAAAUAAUAAUAAUAAGCGAAAUUUUAAUGUUCAACCAAAAUAUUUUACAACAAAACCAAAUGAUACUAUUAAUGAUAAAACAACAAAUGGACCGAUAAAUUGUUCACUUGAUUCAGUUCUUAAUCUUACUUUACAAUUAGAACAAACAGCAACAGCUGAUUAUCAACGACGACAUACUAUUUCAACACAUGAUAUUGAUCCAUUAUUAUUAAAUGGUUUAACUGAUGAUGAAAAUAAAAUACAUUUAAUUGAAAAAAUGAAUGGACAUCAAUCAUCUAUGAUUAUUGAUGAAAAUCAAACAAUAAAAGAAGACAUUUCAACUGAAUUAGAUCGAAUACAAACUAAUACUUCAAUGAAUAAUCAAGAAAUGGAAUAUGUUAUCUAUAAAGAAAAAAUGAAACAAAUAAUAUCAUCAAAAUAUUCUUCAAAUGUAAUGUUUUAUUCGGAUUUUUCAAAUCUUGUAUCAACAAUUCCAUAUUUUAAUCAACAACUCAUACAAUUUGAUAAUAAUGGUGUACAUCUUGUUAUAUGUGCACAUGGUCUAGAUGGUAAUUCAGGUGAUUUACGUUUAGUUAAAACAUAUCUUGAAUUAUGUUUACCAACAUGUCGAUUGGAUUUUCUUAUGUCAUCAGCAAAUCAUGCAUCAACAUUUGAUGAUAUUGAUAUUAUGGUUAAACAACUUAUUGAUGAAAUUGAAGCACAUAUUGAACGUUAUGGACUUAAACCACAACGUAUUAGUUUUGUUGGACAUUCUUUAGGAAAUCUUGUUGUACGUGCUACUGUUAGUCAUUCACGUUUUGAACGAUAUAGAACAUUACUUUAUACAUAUCUUUCAUUAUCUGGACCUCAUUUAGGAACAUUAUUUAAUUCAAGUGGUCUAGUUAAUAUGGGAAUGUGGUUGAUGCAAAAAUGGAAAAAAUCCUGUAGUUUAUCUCAAAUGUCAUUUAAAGAUCAUGUUGAUCCCAAACAAACAUAUUUAUAUAAACUUAGUAAAAAACCUUGUUUAGAAUACUUUAAAAAUAUUUUAUUAAUUGCUUCGCCACAAGAUCGUUAUGUUCCAUUUCAUUCAGCUCGAAUUGAACUUUGCAAAGCAGCAUUGAAAGACACUGUUUAUGGUUCGAUUUAUGUUGAAAUGAUAAAUAAUUUACUUGAACCAAUACUUCAUAAUUCAUCGAUAACAUUUGUUCGUUACAAUGCAUUUCAUAAUAUUCCAUCGGGUACUAACAAUUUUAUUGGUCGUGCAGCACAUAUAGCAAUAUUAGAUUCAGAAUUAUUUGUUGAAAAACUUAUCUUAGUUAGUGCUGCAAAAUAUUUUAAAUGA